AUGAGCUUAUGGCGAAAGGCGAACAAUCUUUGGUCUAGUGGUAUCCAAUUCGUGGUAACUAAGCUGAUCCAAUUGUAUGCGGAUUGCGAUGAUCUGGAUUCUUCGAGGAAGCUGUUUGAUGUAUUUCCGAAGCCAAAUGUGUUUGCCUGGACAGCUAUUCUCGGGUUCUUCUCAAGGAAUGGGAUGUACGAGGACUGUUUGGAGAACUAUGGGUUGAUGAAGUCUCAAGGAGUCUCUGAGGAUCACUUGGUGUUCCCAGAAGUUAUGAAAGCCUGUGCUCAGUUGACAUGGUUGGAUGGAGGGAUGUGGGUCCAUGGAGAUUCAGCUUUGCAGCUCUUUGGUGGUCUGAAAUUGGAGGGUAUUAAGCCUGACGUAAUUACAUUUAACAUGUUGAUGGAUGCUUAUUUUCGGAUGGGGCUGUGUGAUGAAGCUUCAAAAGUUUUUGAACAGAUUGAAGCUCCUGAUAUAAUUUCAUGGACCACUCUAAUAUCUGGUUAUUCUCGAGCUGGCAAGUAUGCUACAUGUUUGAUAAUUUUCAAAGACAUGGUGAAUGGAGGAGGGAUUUUUCCUGAUGUAGAUUCCCUUUCACUUAUCCUUGUUUCGUGUCGCCAUCUGCCUGCUUUAAUGUGUGGGAAGGCCAUCCAUGGUUAUGGAAUCAAAACUCAACAACCUGGUGGGAGAUUUUACAGAUCAGCUGGUCCGGAUUUAAUGACAAUGUAUGCUAGAUGUGACUCUUUUCAUUAUGCUAGAACUGUGUUUGCACUAAUGGACAGAUCACAUGUUGUUGCCUGGAACACAAUGAUUCUGGCUUUUGUAGAAUCUGAGUCAAGGGAUUUAGCACUCGAAUGCUUUGGCUGCUUUGAAUCUUCUCAGGACAUGAAGCGGGUUGGAGUUCAUGCUGAUGCUCUCACAUUUACUUCGGUGCUAUCAGCCUGUCAUCAUUCAGGCCUUGUAGAAGAGGGCAUUGAACUCUUCGAGAGCAUGACCGGAGAAUAUGGAUUUGUCCCCACGAUGGAACAUUACUCCUGUGUUGUCAACAUGCUAGCACGUGUCGGUAGGCUAGAAGCUCCAAUCAAUUUCAUUCAUCAAAUGCCCCUGGAGCCUGAUAAGUCUGUUUGGGGGGCCUUACUGACAGCCUGCCUUGACCAGCAGAAUGUAGAGGUUGGAAAGCUUGCUGCUGAAAAGUUAAUCCAACUGGAACCUGGACGCGCAGGACAUUAUGUGGCUUUGUAUAGUAUAUACGCAGAGGCUGGAAGAUGGGACGAUGCUGUAAAGGUGAGAAAGGAAAUGGAAGGCCGAGGGUCGGUUAAGCCCUCAGGACAGAGUUGGAUAACUAUCGGGAACUGA